CGUGCUAGUAGUACUGGAACGGACCUCGGACGGCCACGCCGUUUGCUUGGUUCAGAGAAAGAGAUCCCAUCAUGCUCGCCCAGAGCGCCCUCCUCGCGGCAGCCGUUGCCAUAGCCGCCGCCAUCUUCCUUCUCCCUCCGGCUUCCCGCCUGUCAUGGACGCCGCGGGGCCGCUUCGCCGACAUGAUACUGGCCAACGCCACCAUCUACACCGCCGACGACCCCGCCCGCCCCUUCGCCGACGCCAUGGCAGUCCGCGGCGGCCGCGUGCUCCGCGUCGGAACCUACGACUCCGUUAAGGAGUUGAAGGGUCGCCACACAUACGAGUUGAAUCUCAGCGGGAACGUUGUGCUGCCGGGGUUCAUCGAUUCCCAUGUGCACCUCAUAGAUGGUGGCUUGCAGCUAGCGAGGGUGCCACUUCGAGGGGUCAGAACCAAAGUUGAAUUCACCAGCAAGGUCAAGGAAGUUGUCAGAGAUAAGCAUCAUGGACAAUGGAUUUUAGGAGGAGGUUGGAACAAUGAUGUUUGGGGAGGUGAUUUCCCUACGGCUGCUUGGUUGGAUGAUAUAUCACCUAAUAAUCCAGUCUGGCUCUCGCGCAUGGAUGGUCACAUGGGAGUAGCCAACUCAUUAGCUAUGAAGAUCGCUGGGAUUGACAAAAACACAAAUGAUCCAAUUGGUGGAACUAUUAUGCGAACAACUGAAGGAGAGCCUACUGGUCUUCUAGCUAAUACGGCUAUGAAGCAUAUAUUUGAUGUUGUUCAAAAAGUUUCUAUCCAUGAAAGAAGAGAGGCUCUUCUUAGAGCAAGUAGACAUGCCGUAAUGAGGGGGGUGACUACUGUUGUUGAUGUUGGAAGUUAUUUCCCUGGGACCACUGCCGAGAAAACAUGGCAAGAUUUUUCAGACGUCUAUGAAUGGGCUCACUCUAUGGAAAAAAUGACUAUCAGAGCAUGCUUAUUCUUCCCAAUGCCCACAUGGUCUCGCGUUUCUGAUCUUAUUGAUGAAAACGGUCGAUCGCUAAGUCAAUGGAUCCAUCUAGGUGGUGUAAAAGCUUUUCUUGAUGGUUCUCUGGGUUCUUCAAGUGCAUUGUUCCAUGAGCCUUACGAGGAUGAUCCUGGUAAUUAUGGUCUCCAAGUGAUAGAUAUGGAUAAUCUUCUCAAUAGAACAUUAGAAUCUGACAAAUCUGGACUUCAGGUUGCAAUACAUGCAAUUGGGGAUAAAGCUAAUGACAUGCUUCUGGAUAUGUUCGACAAGGUUGUUGAUUUGAAUGGAGUGAGGGACCGUAGAUUCCGGAUUGAGCAUGCCCAACAUCUGGCUCCAGGUGCAGCAAAACGCUUUGGCAAACAUGGUACCAUUGCAUCUGUGCAGCCGGAUCAUAUAUUAGGCGAUGCCAAUUCUGCUGCAAAGAAGAUUGGGAUAGAACGAGCCGAGCGAAGUUCCUAUACGUUUCGAUCGCUGUUAGCUGGUGGUGCACGGCUGGCUUUUGGUUCAGAUUGGCCUGUUUCAGAUAUUAAUCCCUUACAAUCUAUUCAAAUUGCGAUGUCCCGUAAGCCGCCUGGAUGGGAGGUCCCCUGGAUCCCUGCAGAACGCUUGUCCCUGGAUGACUCGUUGAAAGCGCACACAAUAUCUGCUGCCUACGCCUGCUUCCUUGACCAUGUUGUGGGCAGCCUUUCUGAAGGGAAAUACGCCGAUUUCGUGGUUCUGCCUUCCACCUCGUGGGACGAGUUCUCCACAGAUCUGCCGGGGUACGUCCUGGCGACGUACGUGAGCGGCAAGCAGGCCUAUCCAUGAUCGAUGCCAAACAUGGUGGUGCAAAUACAAUGUGUAGAAUUAGCAUAUACCAACAUCGGUGUUCUGAUCCUUUCUGAAUCUUCUCCCCUGAUUUUGAAAUGUUCUUGGUAGACUCAACCUGAAUCAACAAUUAUUACUGCGACUUGGCCUAAAAGAGCUAGUGCCAGGCGUAACUUUCAAACGGCCGUUGUACACAAGAUAGAAGGUAUGGCUGACCGGUUGUUGCAAGUCGCACGUGCUAUAUAUGAGGACUAAGGUUGUUGCAUGACGCGUGCGCCCACAGCAAACGGGGCUCCACUUUUUCUUAGGGAUAAUUGCUCUAAUUAA